AUGACCAUGCAUGGGGGAACAGAAGUCGUCUCUUGCCGAGCUUUCCCUUCAUCCCUUAAGGGUGCGACGAUCUCAUGGUUCUCGUGGUUGCCGCUGAACUCCAUAACAAGCUUUAUUCAGCUCUGCCGAGCCUUUGUCAUGCAUUUUCAGAGUAGCAUGAAACACAUGAAGAUGACGAUCAAUCUCCUUAGUGUGAAGCAGUGGCCUGACGAGUCGAUUCGAGCAUUCAUCUCUCGCUUCAAUAAAGAAUCCUUAGAUAUCAAGGAUUUGGAUGAGGCUACGACCCAUACGGCAAUGAGCAAUGGACUUACAGACAUGGAGCUCAUCAAGGACUUGGCUCAAAAGUCGACCAAGAACAUGGCCGAGCUCUUAGAGAGGUGCAACAAGUUCGUGAACAUGGCAGAGGUGCUCCAAGCCCGAAAGGUAAGCGAAGGCAAAGCUUAG